AGCAACUGGGUGGUAAACGAAGGACUUUCCAUCAUUGUUAUUCUGGCAUGGCUUGGACUGAAUGGUUUCCUAUUUUGGAAUUUUUACGUUGUCUAUGAGGAAGGCAGACGAUAUAUCUAUUCUAGAGAGAUUUUUAUGGAUCAGCCCUGGCCUGGGCCAGAGCCCCAGCCGCAUGCCUGAACUUUAACUGCCUGCUCAUCUUGCUGCCAGUAUGCCGAAACCUUCUUUCCUUUCUCCGUGGAUCAAGUGUGUGUUGUGGAAGAAGUAUACGAAGACAGCUGGAUAGGAAUCUUACUUUUCACAAAAUGGUGGCAUGGAUGAUCGCCCUGCAUACAACUAUCCACACCGUGGCCCAUUUGUUUAAUGUGGAAAGACUGGUGGAUGCCAGGGUGGAAGCGAAUGGCACAAUUCAAGCUGCUCUUACUGACCUUGAGGACAGGAAUGGUGAAUCCUACCUUAACUUCGUCCGAUCAAAAGUACCAAAUCCAAUAGGAGGAUUGAAUGUGGCAUUUACCUUUCUCGCUGGCCUCACUGGAGUAGUGAUUACAUUGGCUCUUAUUCUAAUCAUUACUUCCUCUACAAAAACAAUUCGCAGGUCAUAUUUUGAAGUGUUUUUUGGUACACACAUCAUCUCUUUGUCAUCUUCUUCAUUGGUCUUGUUUUUUAUAGGAAGAUAGUACGAGGACAGACUUAUGAAAGUCUUCAA